GAUCGUAACAUAAAAUGAGACAACAACGGGAAUAGAAAUAAAAAAUUUAACUAUGUUCUAUAUUCCACUAGCUGAUUCAGUAUUGUCUAUUAUUAUUAUAUAACUAGCUUGAUGUUAUAUCACGCACCGGUGUGCUAAUACUAUGGUUUAUGUAUUUGAUCUUUAUAAACGCGUUAUAACGCCGUGUAUUUUUCUGUUGUCAUUAAUGUCCAUAUUUACAGUGUUUUGUAUAUCGCAAUGUAGAUCUGUAAACAUAAAUUGUCAUUAUUCACGCGGCUUUCAAGAAGUAGACAGCGUAGUACAUCCUGCUUUCCACAGAAAGCUAAAUAAUUUGCAAUAUAGUUUGGCACACGUUGUAAAUUCUGAGUUUCAAAAAUCACAUCGAGGAAGGAAUGACAGUAAUACCGCAGAUCACAAACGGAUAGUAUCACUGGAAUAUAUUGGUGAUUUGCUCGAUUCAUUGGUCGGUUCAGAGUUAAUCACUUUGGAUCAAAAUGAUUAUUCUUCCAGAUGCCGUGAUGCACGUAGAUUGUUAUUAAAGGCAUUUGAAACAUUGUUGCAGCAGAAUGCAGUGUUAGGACGUGAUGAUAAGGAAGGAAUGAAUGAUGUGCAUAUCAGUGAUAUAAAUAUAUCACUUAUUGUGUUAGAAAACGCUAUGAUUGCUACUGUUGGGAAAUAUUUAGCUUUAACGAUGAAUAAUAUACAUGGAGAUAAUACAUGGUUUUUCUUUAAAGGCACCAAUCGGGUAAGCAAAGAAGAACAAGAAGUGCGGUUAAGCAAUUUGGUCAAAUUAUUAUUGUCAUUGGAGAGUUAUAUGCAUAAACAAUUUAAGGAUAUAGUGAAUUCAUACAAGUUAUCCUUUGUGUCAAAAAUGUUCGCUAAUAACAAGGAUUCUGUUUUGCAACUCACUGACGAGCAGUUUAUAAAACGAUUACAUAAUGAAUUCAAUCUAACUGCUAAUAAUAUAGUACCAAAAUGUUUCAAACACUUACGUAAAGGAAAGGAAAGUAUUAAGGAUUUCCUUCGUUAUGUAGCUAACGCAGACUCACGACUUAAAGAUUCCAUUAACGUAUUGAUUAACGAGAAAGUCGAUCCACAUUUACUCGAUGAAUUUUCACAACGGAUAUCUAACUGGAACGCUAAUAACGAUGUAGAGGAAUUUAGAAUGUUACUGUCCAAGCUUCACCAGUGUGCCAAGGAAUCUCUGCAGAAACAACUUGCUGUUACUACGAAAAAGGACAACCUGAUGAAGGUGAUAUCAUCGCAACAACAACAAAUUGAUAUUUGCCAAAAACAACUUGGUAUGCAAUCGCAAAAUUAUUCACCUAUCAGCUAUGGAUUUUCAUACCGAAUGCCAAACACUAAUUUAAACGUUACUGGUUCCUAUCAAAGGGGUAAAGGUAACGUUCAGAUUAGUUGUGUGCCAGACGAGAGCUCACGACUACUAGGACCUUAUGGCUUUACAUGCGGCGUACUUCCAGGGAACCUAGGACUUAGCGUAAAUAUAGAUGUGUAGUAUUUCACAAGUCAUCUUUAACAAUUGGCUUUACA